AUGAAGGUGUUCGCGAUUACGGUCUUCUUGGCGCUCGUAGCCACCACCUAUGCCGGUUACAUAAGCAGCGGCUGGAACGGCGGGGGCGGCGGUGGUGGCGGCUGGAAAUCCGGCGGUGGAGGCGGCUGGAGCGGGGGCGGUGGCGGUUGGAGCAGCGGCGGAGGCGGUGGUGGAAAAAUCAUCAAGGUGAUCACCGUGAGCGGCGGAGGCGGGGGCGGUGGCUGGCCCAGCGGUGGCGGCGGCGGAUGGUCGGGUGGCGGCGGUGGUGGUGGAUGGCCGAGCGGCGGCGGAGGCGGAUGGAAAUCCGGCGGCGGUGGUGGAUGGAGCGGCGGUGGCGGUGGAUGGAGCAGCGGCGGCGGCGGCGGUGUGAUAUCAAAGAUGAACAACUUUAUAACAAUAAUAUGGAUCCCCUCUCACAUUGGUAUAAUGGGAAACGAAAAAGUGGACCAAGCAGCCAAAGAAAUAGCUAACACAAUAGCCCCUGGCCACUACGACUCCAGUCUAUCCGUGGAAACCACGCUCUCCAUCCUAAAGGAUGAAAUAAAAGACAGCUGGAACGAAGAAUGGAAUUCUACAGUCAAACCCCGUAUCAAAUCAAUCAAAUCUAACUUCUUCCAAAAAUCCAUAACCUGGUCCCUAUCCAGAUUGGAUCAAGUGAAAAUUUCUCGAAUCAUAAUAGGCCAUACCAAACUGACCCACCAAUACCUCCUCAACAAAGAAGACAGACUGCGAUUCAACAUUAAACCAUCCCUAAAGGACAACCCGAAGGAUGACGAAUCUAUCCAAAACUUGCUGAAGUACCUCGAAGAGUCCAAACUGUAUAACAAGCUGUAA